AUGGGCACGCCAGCAGAUGACGAAAAAAGAAUGUUGAAUACAAUUGGUAAGUUUUUGCUGGGGGGAGAAUACAUGACAGAUGCCCCUUCCUCUGCCGCUGCCGAGGAACAACAAUCUUCUGAAGAAAGUGGGGCGAGCUUGGCUUCAGAGGGAACUCAAAGUAAAAAUAAAGAGGGAGAAAAACAUUACAGGGGAGUAAGGUUUGUUAAGGCUCGCCGUAAAUAUGCUGCAGAGAUUCGAAACCCAGAGAAAAAGGGUUCCAGACUUUGGCUUGGCAGCUAUGACACAGCGGAAGAAGCAGCCGCAGCAUAUGACCGUAAGGCUUUUGAACUGCGAGGUUCGAGAGCUAUCUUGAAUUUCCCUCUCAACGUUGAGUCCGGACAGUAUGUGGACCUGUUUUCUCAAUCCUCCUCUUCACACACUCCAUCUAACAUACCCAAGAAAAGGAAGACAAAAGGGAAAGAUGAAGCUCAAUCUUCCCGAGAAUUAGGUUCAGAUUAA